GGUAUAUGGCACUGGCAAAGUUCCUGCGCCGUAACGCGGUCAGCAUAAUUUUUCCGGUACUGACUGCUACGUUCAUUUACCUUGACUGGAGUCACACUAAGAAUUGGAAAUUGCAACAAAAGAAACCCGAAAACUAAGAUGGCUAUCUUCGGCAUCACUACGCGCUAUGUAUGGUUCGCUGUACCCAUCGGAGGAUACCUCGUCGGCAAGUACUUGGAUGACCAAGAAACACUAAGGAUGACUAACUUCAGAGAUAAAUCUAUGCUGUAUGGUGGCAAGGUCAAGCCCGGAGACCCUCCAUCAUGGCCUUAAAAUAUUUAAAGUGUAGUGGUAGUCAACGAAAUUAUGUAAUAUCAAAAUAAAAUUGUAAAUUUUUA